UCCAAAGCAAUGCUGACUGUCCUCUUCUCCAUUCACUGUCCAUAACUCAAGACUCUGCCCUCGUGUUGACCCCACUUCAUCAUCCCACACUCCCCAACGACCGUGGCUUCUGGUUCAGCCAAAACGCCAUGUUGAAACCCCACCGUUCUCUCACCCAUGACUGUUUUGCUGUAACCCUCCAACAUCUCUUCCCCAUCUCCUUCAGCUGGCUUGGCCCUGCCUUAUCCUCUCCACCCCCUCUGCCUCUCACAGAAAUUGAUUCAUAAAGCUGCUCCCUUCAACUGAGCCUCGGGCUGGUCAAUUGUGCUGUAUGUGGCUUGUCCUUUCAUUCAACAAUUGGCCUGGGCCAGCACCCUGUUCUGUAUAAAUUUAAGAAGGUGUCGAAUACUGCCCUUACUCAUUCAACCACGCAGAAAUCCAGCAGGAGAGGUAGUGUAGACAGGAGGAGAACUAAACUUAAUGAAGGGUCUCAGCCCAAAAUUUAUUCCUCUCCAUAGAUGCUGAAUGACCUGCUGAGUUCCUCCAGCAUUUUGUGUGCGUUGCUCGGAUUUCCAGCGUCUGCAGAUUUUCCCUUUGAGAUCUGCCGGCGCUGGAAAUCUUGAUCUCACACGCACAAAAUACUGGGGGUCUCAGCAAGUCAGGCAACAUCUACGGAGGGGAAAUAAAGAGUUGACGUUUCGGGCCAAGGCCUUUUCUUGGGACGAUGAUGAUGAAUCUGAUGGGAGAGGAAGAUGAUGGAAUCGGAUGGGAGAAGAAGUUGCAGCAAUGCGAAAAGGGAGAGAGAUGAGGAGAGAAACCAGUGGAUGGUGGGCAGAUGAGAGGGGGGAAGGAGAGUGGGUGCUGGGUGUUGUGUUGAUCAUGCAGAACAGUUUACCAGAGGCUAGGUAAUGCAAUACAACUGAACUCACCAGUGUUCCCUCUACUUUGUAAUGACCAGUGUCUGCAGAAAUCUUGUGUUGUGCAAUGAUUUGCCCAGUGACAACAUGUGUGCGCACUGAAUUUUUAAGUGGAAUUGAGCCUGAAGCUAUUCUAACGAUAAUAAACCAUUCGGCUUUAAGUGUACGAGCAGUUCCUUUGCGCUUCACACCCUUUGCUUCUUUGGAAUUUGACACAGUGAAUCAAUAAGUUCUUCAGUAAAAACAGUAUAAAUAAGCCAGUUCUGAAAUCUGCAGGCUCGCAAACUCCACAUCGUCAACACCGUCCGCAUCAGAAACCGGAAAAGGAAACGUGAUUCUGUACGAUCGUGGCACAUACCAAACAUGCCAACGGGGUAGAAGGCGACAAACUUUCGUGUGCAGUUUAAAUUCCUUUGUGCGCUCGUAGCAAACGAUGUGUGCGCGGGCACCCUAGAGGGAACAUUGGUUCCCACUAAUAACCCCAUUACACCUGCGUGAGUGGUUCAUCCUGUGCCACCUCCCAGUCGUCCUUCACAGGAGCAAAAGCGGAGACUUGUCUUCACGGGAUGCAGGAAACAAUGCAGGUGGGCAGCGUUGGUGAGCUGCAUCUGGCGUAGACAGAUCAAAGGAGCUUUCCACGCCCCCGGAUCGAAACAAAAAGCAUUGUUUAAGUGUCCGAUCUAUGCAGAGAGAGGCCAAAACCACUGGCUCUCGAGGGCAUGAGGAAAUGACUGAAAGUGGAAAUGUACCAGAGAUUUGAGGAUAGGCAGCUGACUGAGGAAUGAAGAUCUGCUGACUCUCUCCACUAGAAACCAGCCAACCCUCAGCCGUCUGAAAUUCUACUGAAACACAUGACUGCACCGUUUCUCAUAAAAACAUUUUUUUGUUUUCCUGUACUUUCCUUACUUUCCCAGCUCGGCAUCCUGUCUGGCCGGCUGUCUCUCUGAAGAGGUGCAAUUUCCAGACAGAGAGUGAAUCCUCUCUCUUUCAAACUUUUACUUGCUGAUGCUCAUUUCCUCGAAUCCCGGUGGCAUCCUAGUAAAAAUCCAGGCGGCGUAUUGAUAAAUCCAGAGACAAUGCGAAUUCCUCCUCCGGCCUGCAGUGGCCAGUGAAGGUCCAGUGAGCGAACAGCUAGGAGCGAACACCUAGGAGGUGUGAAAUGAUGCUGGACACAUACAGAUUGCGAAUGCUGAAAUUAGGAGCAAAAAAAACCCAAGCUGUUCAGGUCUGUGGAGGGAAAUGGACUUUCGGUGUUUCAGGUUGAGACCGUUCAUGUGAACUAAAAGAUAGUGGGGAGGUAGCCAGGACAAAGAGGUCACAGGUCAUAAAGUGAGCUCUUGGUACAUUGGCCUUUAUAAAUCAAAGUAUUGAGUAGAAGAGUUGGAAUGUUAUGUUGAGGUUGUGUAAGGCAUUGGUGAGGCUGAAUUUGGAGUAUUGUGAGCAGUUUUGGUCACCUAAUUACAGGAAGGAUAUUAAUAAAGUUGAAAAAGUUCCUCACCUGUUGGUGAGGAAUGAGAUUCAGUCCUUUGUAAGGGGGGACAUAGGAUCAGGAGAAGUAGAGUCUGUGUGGAUAGAACUGAGGAACAGUAAGGGCAAAAAGACCCUAAUGGGUGUUGUCUACAGGUCACCAAACAGUAACAUGGAUAUUGGGUGCCAGUUGAAUAGGGAGUUAACAUUGGCAUGUGGCAAAGGUAAUGUUGCAGUAGUUAUGGGGGAUUUCAACAUGCAGGUGAACUGGGAGAAUCAGGUUGGUGCUGGACCCCAGGAUAGGGAGUUUGUAGAGUGCCUACGGGAUGCAUUCUUGGAACAGCUUGUACAAGAGCCGACCAGGGACAAGGCUAUUCUGGAUUUAGUCUUGUGUAAUGAACAGGAUUUGAUAAGCGAUCUUGAAGUAAAGGAACCAUUAGGAGGUAGUGACCAUAAUAUGAUAAGUUUUUAUCUGCAAUUUGAGAAGGAUAAGGGCAGAUCGGAGGUGUCAGUGUUGCAGUUCAACAGGGGAAACUUUGGAGCCAUGAGGGAGGAGCUGGCCAAAGUUAACUGGAUGGAUGUCCUAGCAGAAAAGACAGUGGAACAGCAAUGGCAGGUAUUCUUGGGAAUAAUGCACAAGGUGCAAAAUCAGUUCAUCCCCUGGAGAAGGAAGGAUUCAAAUGGGGGAAAGGGGCCACAGUGGUUGACAAAGGAAGUCAGAGAUUGCAUAGCAUUAAAAAAAAGGAAAUAUGAUAGAGCUAAGGUGAGUGGGAGGACAGAUGAUUGGGACAUUUUUAAGGAACAACAGAACUUAACUAAAAAGGCAAUACGGGGAGAAAAAAUGAGGUAGGAACGCAAGCUAGCCAGGAAUAUCAAGGAGGAUAGCAAAAGCUUUUUUAGGUAUGUGAAGAGAAAGAAGAUAGUUAAGAACAACGUUGGGCACUUGAAGAAUGAAUUGGGUGAAAGAAUUUAAUAAGUACUUUAGAUCUGUCUUCACUAGGGAAGACACAAGCAAUCUCCCAGAUGUAUGGAUGGGCCAAGGACAUAGGGUAACAGAGGAAAUGAAACAGAUUGACAUUAGGAAGGAAACAGUGAUGAGUAGACUGAUGGGACCGAAGGCUGACAAAUCCCUAGGUCCAGAUGGUCUGCAUCCUAGGGUACUGAAGGAGGUGGCCCUGGAAAUUGCGGAUGCAUUGAUAAUCAUUUUGCAAUGUUCCUUAGAUUCAGGAUCAGUUCCUGAGGAUUGGAGAAUGGCUAAUGUUAUCCCACUUUUUAAGAAAGGAAGGAGGGAGAAAACAGAACUAUCGUCCUGUCAGCCUAACAUCAGUAGUGGGGAAGAUGCUAGAGUCCAUUAUUAAAGAUGAAAUAGUGGCAUAUCUAGAUAGCAGUGAUAGGAUUGGACUGAGCCAGCAUGGAUUUACCAAGGGCAAAUCAUGCUUGACUAAUCUAUUGGAGUUUUUCGAGGAUGUAACCAGGAAGUUAGACAAGAGAGAUCCAGUGGAUGUAGUGCAUCUCGAUUUUCGGAAGGCAUUUGAUAAGGUCCCACAUAGGAGAUUGGUGGGUAAAAUCAAAGCUCAGGGCAUCAGGGGGAAGACAGUGACAUGGAUAGAAAACUGGUUGGCAGAUAGAAAGCAAAGGGUAGCGGUGAAUGGGUGUUUCUUGGAAUGGCAGGUGGUGACUAGUGGGGUGCCACAGGGCUCGGUAUUGGGACCACA